UGUGAACAAUUGGCGGACAAUAAGCACUCAUAUCUGGUCUCGAGUGACGACAAUGUGUUUGAUUUGAUUAAAGACUCGUUUAAAGUGAUCGACGACUUCGUGACCGAAGAGGAAGAGCGAAGUCUACUGAAAGAGAUCGAGCCGUAUAUGAAGAGAUUGAGGUAUGAGACCAGCCAUUGGGACGACGCUAUCCAUGAGUACAGAGAGACCGAGCGAUUGAAGUGGACUCAAGACAACCAGAAGAUCAUCGAUAGAGUCAGAAGUACGGCCUUCUCGGAGGGCGUGGCGCCCAUCAGAUCCGUCCAUAUUCUCGAUUUGGCCAAACGAGGGGUCAUUAAGGCUCACGUCGACGCCGUCAGAUUCUGUGGCGACACAAUCGCCGGCAUAUCGUUGUUGUCCUCAUCUGUCAUGAGAUUAGUGGACGAAAAAGAUAGCAAACGCUUUGCGGACGCACUGCUUAAGAGGAGAUCCCUUUAUAUCAUGUCAGGAGUGGCCAGAUAUAAGUUCACACAUGAAAUACUGCCACAAGAGAUGUCUAAAUUCAAGGAUCAAGUGAUCGAAAGAGAGCGGCGAAUAUCAGUCAUCUGUCGGAAUGAACCAAAUUAUAGCGAUAGAAGUGAUUGAAAAAUCUAGUCUUAAAUUAUGUCUCAAGAGAUUUGUUGUGAUUUUAAACUACAAUUUUAUUGAUUUGUUAUUUAUAUUAAACGAGAAAAAAAAACAAAAGCAAAAACAA